UGUAGUCGAUUAGUCGUAUUGCAUCAGUCGAAGGUGAUAUAAGAGAGUUUUUGAUAAAUUUUGCUUUUGGUUAUGUGUUUUGUCAGUCUACACAAAACACUUGGAAGGACAGUGUUAGAUCAUCAAUCACGAAUGUAUGAUAGAAACUUGUGAUAAAAAAGUGAUAUAUUGUAUUUUUAUUUGUUAUUAUAUAUAUAUAAAUAUAUAUAUACAUGAAUGAAUAUGAGUGCAUUGAAGAGCGUUGUCAUCGCAUUUCCUAAGGGUCUUUCCAAGGGAUCUGCUAUUGUGCCCAAUAACGACCUUGUCAGAUCGGUUCCAAAAUUAAAUUUUUCAACGUCGAUUUUAACCGAUAAAACGACGGAAAUGGAUAUAACGAGAAAAAUACCAAAGCAGGAAGAACUCCAUGAGGAAAGUGCAUUUUUCAAACCAGAUGUCUGUAUUAGAGGAAAAAAACGUCGUCUUGAUCAUCUCACGUGGGAGGAAAAAUUACAGAGGAAGAAAUUAAAGAACAGAGUAGCAGCACAAACUUCGAGAGAUAGGAAAAAAGCUAAAUUGGAUGAAUUAGAAGAAACAGUUAGAACGUUGAGGGAAAGAAACGAUGUAUUGACCCAAGAAUGUGCUUUAUUGAAGUCACAAAAUGAGUCGCUUAUAAGUGAAACAAAAAUAUUGAGGAGAGAAAGGGAAACGAGUAAUAUGAGCGAGCAACUUUGUUCAUCGUGUCAGGCUCGUGUCGGUUGUCCUGUACCUUCACUGGGAUCUGCAGUAUCCCCACAAAACCCUCUGCCGCAGGGUGGGACAGUACAGUCGGCACCAUCCCUGACACUAACACCAGGAGCAGCCAUAUUGCUGAAGAUUAUGACCCUUUACCUCCUCUCGAAGAAUUAUUUGGAGAUCUCCAAGGGGAUGAUUACAUCGAUCGACUCGAAGAACUUGCAGAAAGCCUCCUUCGAGAAGUUACCGCAGAAGUGGAAGCAAAUUCUCAUAGAUCAAAUGAACAAGUGUCAGACGAAGAAAAUACAAUUAAAAAAUCUGAUAAUUCAAAAAGAAUGGUGGGGCAGACAUCAAAAAAUGUGGAAACCGAUACAAUCGCUUGUAGAAGCGUGAACGAUUACGAUAAUUGGCAUCUUAACUGUAGCACAGACGUCACGCAUAUUGUUCUAGAUAAUACACGAACGACACCAGUAUCCAUUAAAAAUGAAAUUGAAGUUAAACAAGAACCCGAUAUGAACGAUAUGGAAACAGUAUAUGGUACAUACGACGAAAUUACAAAUUCUAUAACUAUUAUUUAUCCUGGCCAAGAAGAUAAUGUAGGCAUUCAGGAAUGCGUUCAAGAAAUAAGCUCUGAUAAUGUUUGUCAUACUGAUGAUGUAACAACAUCGUUAACAACGUAUCACUCUUAUUCCGAUCAAUUUUCACCUGCUUACACGUGCACAGACAUUAUGUCACCUUCGAGUAUAUAUUCGGACAAUGUCGAUGCAUCUUCUUCGAUCAAAUCAGAUUCACAUUUUUCGGACGGUGGUUAUGAAUCUCACGAUUCCCCUAAUGCAGACAUACGCAGUAAAAAAAAAAGAAAUAACAAUAAUAAUAAUAAUAAUAGUAGUAAUAAUCAUAAUAAAAAUAAUAAUAAUAAUAAUAAUAACAAUAAUGUAUGUUUAACCGAUCUUUGGCACGAAAGUUUUACAGAAUUAUUUCCAAUGUUGGCUUAAAAUUCAAGCAAUUUAAAUAGAAAUUUUAUCAUUGCUUAAUCUUUCCAAAAUAUAAAAGUAAUGAAUGAUUCAUGAGACAAAAACAUAUGAAUGGAUUAAAUUCUCUUCUUAUGUAUGUAUUUACUCUCUACAUAUCUUGUCAUAUUGCACAAGAAAUAAUGUGAACAAA